UGUGUUGAGCCAACAAAAUAUGGGUACAUAUUGUAGUACCAAAAUAUGAUUAAAUUAAAUGUAUCUUUAAAAGUACGUUGAAAUCAUUUGCAACAAUGAAUAUCGAGGAGAACAGACUAAGUACAUUUAACGAUUGGCCGAUGGAAGCAGUCGUCAAUUCUGCCAGAAUCGCAAAGGCAGGAUUCUAUUUUACAAAGCAUGAAAAUGUUGUGGAGUGCUUCUCUUGUCAUUUGAAAAUUGGAGAAUGGUCAUAUGGUGAUCAAGUUAUGGCUAAACAUCGAACCCUCAGCCCCACAUGCCCCUUUGUGCUAGACCCCAAUACCUCUGGAAACGUACCAAACAUAUCAACAAAUCCGAGCCCUGUAACCACUGAAGACAUGAGAGUUGAAGCAAUUAGACUUAGGACCUUUGAUAAUUGGCCAGCCACUGAUAUAGUUUCACCUGAUAGUUUAGCCAAAGCAGGAUUUUAUUAUUUGCAUACAGAGGAUUUGACAAAAUGUGCUUAUUGUAAUGGAGUUGUUGGGUCAUGGGAAGCUGGUGAUAAUCCAGAUCAGGAACAUAAAACUCUCUUCCCAGAAUGCACAUUUGUGACUACAAUAUUAAAUCCCCGAUUGGAGCAGAGAUUGGAAAAUCCAAGUGCAGCAUAUUCCAAUAUUAAUAUUGUAGCAGAGGGCAAUUUGGCUGACCUUGGUGUACAUGCUCAUAAGGGACCUAAGAAACCAAAAUAUGGAACGAUUGAAUCAAGGCUGAAUACAUUUACAAACUGGCCUCAGGAUUUGAUUCAAACCCCAGACAUUCUUGCACAGGCUGGUUUCUAUUAUGAGGGUUCUGGGGAUCAAGUGAGAUGUUUUCAUUGUGACGGAGGAUUGAAGCAUUGGGAUCCACAUGAUGAACCUUGGACAGAGCAUGCAAGAUGGUUUCCAAGCUGCGGAUUUGUUAUGAUGCUGAAAGGACAAGAUUUUAUACUAGCUUGUGCACCAGAACUAGAUGGAAAUACCAGACAGGAAUUGGAUACGAGGUUGGCAGCGAAAGAGAAAAGGUCUAUAGAACAGGAAGUGCAGAAUCAGCUGCUGCUUCCACCUGCAAUAGCAGCACUAAAUAUAGGUAUACAUGUUGGAAGGGUUAAGUUGGCCAUUAGAGAAAAGAUAGGUCGCACUGGUUCUGGUUUCACGAGCAGAGACGCUUUGAUCGAGUCAGCGUUGAAUUUGCAAUGCUAUGAGGAGGAUUUGGAUGGAGAUGAGGAAAUGUCCAGACGCGUGUCUGCAACGCUGAAUCACGUUAUCGAAAAUAGCCUGGAGCAGAAAAAGGAAACCCGUCCACCAGACGAAGCAGCAAAGGAACCGAAAAUUUCUUUAGAGGAAGAGAACAGGCUGCUGAAAGAAGCGCGUCUUUGUAAAAUUUGCAUGGAUUGCGAAGUCGGCAUUGUUUUUCUUCCAUGCGCCCAUUUAGCCACAUGCAUUAAUUGCGCUCCUAAUCUUGGUGAUUGCCCAGUUUGCAGGUCAGCAAUCAAAGCAACUGUAAGAACAUUCUUGUCGUAGAGAGAAAAGAGAAACCUUCGAAUAUCAAACUAGAAACAUAGAAUUCUGAUAAAGUUUAUUACCAAUGUAUUUAUUUAUUUUUUUUUGACGUACCGUGUGUAAGCGUUGUGUUUUACAUACACCUAUCGUUACAUCAUUUAGUCUUUUUUUU